AUGUCCAUUACAACACAGGCUCUUGUCUCGAGACAGGUCAACUCCUCAGUAGAGUUGGAAAAUAUUGUCCUCGAUCCGCUACGCCCAGAUGAAGUUCUGGUGGAAAUCCAUGCUACGGGAGUCUGCCAUACAGACUUUGCGUGCAUGAAUGGAACUCUCCCAGCAGUAUUCCCCAGCGUGUUUGGACAUGAAGGCGGCGGUGUGGUUUUAGAGGUGGGAAGAGAUAUCAAGCACCUCCAGAAGCAAGACAGGGUCUUGCUGAGCUUCGAUUCCUGUGGCUCCUGUGUACAAUGCGAUUCCAAGCAUCCAGCCUAUUGCCAGGAAUGGGCCCAGCGCAACUUUGGUCAGAAGCGAAUGGAUGGAAGUCUCUCACUUUCAACGGCCGAUGGAGCUAGGCUACAUGGAAGCUUCUUUGGCCAGAGCUCGUUUGCCCGGCAUACCAUUGUUAUGGGUAAUUCCGUUGUCAAGGUUCCAUCAGACACGCCGUUGGGUGUCUUCUCUCCACUCGGGUGUGGUGUCCAGACAGGUGCUGGAGCCAUAUUGAACACUCUGGACGUACAACCUGGCAAAUCAGUUGCCAUCUUCGGUGUUGGGUCAGUUGGCAUGAGUGCAGUCAUGGCGGCGAAGAUGAGAGGCGCCAGCAUAAUCAUCGCUAUCGAUCUGCAAACUGAGCGAUUGGAGCUAGCAAAGCAACUUGGAGCUACCCAUGGCGUCAUUGGAUCAGAUGAAGAUGUUGUUGCACAGAUUCAAAAGAUCUCUGGAUCAAAUGGGGUCAACUACUCUGUUGACUGUGCGGGAAUACCCAGUGUGGUUGAGAAGGCUUUGGACUGUCUUGGAACGCGCGGAAAGGGAGCAACCGUCGGCGCUCCAGCGCCUGGAAAACGCGCAGGAGUGGAUGUGUUUGCUCACCUGGUCAUGGGACGCCAGUACAUUGGGUGCUGCGAGGGCGAUAGUGACCCUCAACAGAUGAUACCCUACCUCAUUGAACAACAUGGCAAAGGUGAAUUCCCGCUUGACAAGAUUGUGAAGUUUUACCCAGUCGAGGAUUACGAGACCGCGUUUAAGGAUAUCAAAUCUGGAAAGGCUCUGAAGGCUGUUCUUCUAUGGAAAUAG